AUGCCUCUGUCUUUGAAGUGUGGCUCAUCAGCUGUUUGUACUGCACAGUCCUCUGCACAGUCCUCUGCACAGUCCUCUCACAGUCCUCUGCACAGUCCUCUGCACAGUCCUCUCACAGUCCUCUGCACAGUCCUCUGCACAGUCCUCUGCACAGUCCUCUGCACAGUCCUCUCACAGUCCUCUGCACAGUCCUCUGCACAGUCCUCUGCACAGUCCUCUGCACAGUCCUCUGCACAGUCCUCUCACAGUCCUCUGCACAGUCCUCUGCACAGUCCUCUGCACAGUCCUCUCACAGUCCUCUGCACAGUCCUCUGCACAGUCCUCUGCACAGUCCUCUGCACAGUCCUCUGCACAGUCCUCUGCACAGUCCUCUGCACAGUCCUCUGCACAGUCCUCUGCACAGUCCUCUGCACAGUCCUCUGCACAGUCCUCUGCACAGUCCUCUCACAGUCCUCUGCACAGUCCUCUGCACAGUCCUCUGCACAGUCCUCUCACAGUCCUCUGCACAGUCCUCUGCACAGUCCUCUGCACAGUCCUCUCACAGUCCUCUGCACAGUCCUCUGCACAGUCCUCUGCACAGUCCUCUGCACAGUCCUCUGCACAGUCCUCUGCACAGUCCUCUGCACAGUCCUCUCACAGUCCUCUGCACAGUCCUCUGCACAGUCCUCUGCACAGUCCUCUCACAGUCCUCUGCACAGUCCUCUGCACAGUCCUCUGCACAGUCCUCUGCACAGUCCUCUGCACAGUCCUCUCACAGUCCUCUGCACAGUCCUCUGCACAGUCCUCUGCACAGUCCUCUGCACAGUCCUCUGCACAGUCCUCUCACAGUCCUCUGCACAGUCCUCUGCACAGUCCUCUGCACAGUCCUCUGCACAGUCCUCUGCACAGUCCUCUGCACAGUCCUCUCACAGUCCUCUGCACAGUCCUCUGCACAGUCCUCUGCACAGUCCUCUCACAGUCCGCUGCACAGUCCUCUGCACAGUCCUCUGCACAGUCCUCUCACAGUCCUCUGCACAGUCCUCUGCACAGUCCUCUGCACAGUCCUCUGCACAGUCCUCUGCACAGUCCUCUCACAGUCCUCUGCACAGUCCUCUGCACAGUCCUCUGCACAGUCCUCUGCACAGUCCUCUCACAGUCCUCUGCACAGUCCUCUGCACAGUCCUCUGCACAGUCCUCUCACAGUCCUCUGCACAGUCCUCUGCACAGUCCUCUGCACAGUCCUCUGCACAGUCCUCUGCACAGUCCUCUGCACAGUCCUCUGCACAGUCCUCUGCACAGUCCUCUGCACAGUCCUCUCACAGUCCUCUCACAGUCCUCUGCACAGUCCUCUGCACAGUCCUCUCACAGUCCUCUGCACAGUCCUCUGCACAGUCCUCUGCACAGUCCUCUCACAGUCCUCUGCACAGUCCUCUGCACAGUCCUCUGCACAGUCCUCUGCACAGUCCUCUGCACAGUCCUCUCACAGUCCUCUGCACAGUCCUCUGCACAGUCCUCUGCACAGUCCUCUGCACAGUCCUCUCACAGUCCUCUGCACAGUCCUCUGCACAGUCCUCUGCACAGUCCUCUCACAGUCCUCUGCACAGUCCUCUGCACAGUCCUCUGCACAGUCCUCUCACAGUCCUCUGCACAGUCCUCUGCACAGUCCUCUCACAGUCCUCUGCACAGUCCUCUGCACAGUCCUCUGCACAGUCCUCUGCACAGUCCUCUGCACAGUCCUCUCACAGUCCUCUGCACAGUCCUCUCACAGUCCUCUGCACAGUCCUCUGCACAGUCCUCUCACAGUCCUCUGCACAGUCCUCUCACAGUCCUCUGCACAGUCCUCUGCACAGUCCUCUGCACAGUCCUCUGCACAGUCCUCUGCACAGUCCUCUCACAGUCCUCUGCACAGUCCUCUGCACAGUCCUCUCACAGUGA